GAUGUCGGCCGCCGCCGCGACGCAGAGGGAGUCGGGCGCGGCCGCCGCCGCCUUUGGCGCGGCGAUCUGAGCCCUCGUGCGGAGGCCGGCGGUGGCGGGGGGAGAGGAUGGAGGGCGGCGGAGCUCCGCGAGGGACCCGCUGCUGAGCUGGCGGUGAGAAUAAAGCAGUAGAGAUCUGCUGAAGGUGGCUUAUUUUUGCAGAAACAUUCCAUGGCAAAGAGUUAUAAUUCACUUCCUUAACUGAGCUGCGUUGUGUGGCUGGAGUGAACGAUCAAUAAUGAGUGGUGCAGCUUUGGGCCUUGAGAUAGUAUUUGUCUUUUUCCUGGCUUUAUUCCUACUUCAUCGAUAUGGAGACUUUAAGAAACAGCAUAGGCUGGUGAUCAUAGCAACCUUGUUGGCCUGGUAUCUCUGCUUUCUUAUUGUGUUUAUACUGCCUCUGGAUGUCAGCACGACUAUAUAUAAUCGCUGCAAACUUGCUGUUAACUCAAGCCCUCCAGAAAAUAACGGCUCUUACGUUACACUUGCUCCAAGCAAGCAAAAAUGUUUCAAACCAUGGAGUUAUAUUCCUAAUGGAAUUAUGCCAAUUUUCUGGCGUGUGGUAUAUUGGACAUCACAGUUUUUAACGUGGAUUCUAUUACCUUUCAUGCAAUCAUAUGCUAGAUCAGGAGGGUUCUCCAUUACUGGGAAGAUUAAAACUGCACUGAUCGAGAAUGCAAUCUAUUACGGUACUUACCUGCUGAUUUUUGGAGCAUUUUUAAUAUAUGUGGCUGUAAACCCAAACUUCAAUUUGCAAUGGAACCAACUUCAGACUAUUGGGAUAGCAGCCGCAAACACCUGGGGUCUCUUUCUUCUUGUGUUGCUUUUGGGUUAUGGUUUGGUGGAAAUUCCCCGUUCUCACUGGAAUGGGGCCAAACGGGGUUAUCUUCUCAUGAAGACCUAUUUCAAAGCUGCCAAACUGAUGACCGAAAAAGCAGAUGCAGAGGAGAAUUUAGAGGAUAUUAUGGAGGAAGUCCGUAAAGUAAAUGAGAGUAUCAAGUAUAAUCACCCUUUGAGAAAAUGUGUUGAUACGAUAUUGAAAAAGUGUCCUACAGAGUACCAGGAAAGAAUGGGAAGGAACAUGGAUGAUUAUGAAGAUUUUGAUGAAAGACAGAACAGUUAUCCAAGUGAAAAAAGUUUGGUCAAACUUCACAAGCAGGUAAUUUAUUCAGUACAGAGACAUCGUCGUACACAGGUCCAGUGGCAAAUUCUUUUAGAACAAGCUUUUUACCUGGAAGAUGUGGCAAAAAACGAAACCAGCGCAAGUCGCCAAUUUGUUCAUACUUUUCAAUCCCAGGAAUCAGAUAAUAAAAUUUUUCAGUAUUUCUACACACCAACUGUUGAGUGGUACUGGGAAUGUCUUCUACGACCAUGGUUUUACAGGGUUCUUGCAAUCGUUUUGGCCACAUUCUCUGUAAUUGUUGUGUGGUCGGAGUGCACAUUUUUCAGCACAAAACCUGUUUUAUCCCUAUUUGCAGUUUUCAUACAGUUGGCAGAAAAGACAUACAACUAUAUAUACAUAGAGAUGGCCUGUUUUCUCACCAUCUUUUUCUUAAGUAUCUGUGUUUACUCUACUGUCUUCAGGAUCCGUGUGUUUAACUAUUAUUACUUAGCUUCACAUCAUCAGACAGAUGCUUACAGUCUCCUUUUCAGUGGAAUGUUAUUUUGCCGUCUUACUCCACCAUUAUGUCUGAAUUUUUUGGGCUUGACCCAUAUGGAUGCAACAAUUUCUCAUAAAAACACUCAACCAACUGCUUACACGUCAAUAAUGGGCUCUAUGAGAGUGCUGUCCUUCAUUGCAGAUGGAUUCUAUAUAUAUUAUCCAAUGCUUGUUGUCAUUCUCUGUAUUGCCACAUACUUCAGAUUAACAAAGGAAUUGGCUUAUCCUUCUGCUUACACCAGUUUAGGAACUCGUUGUUUGAAUCUUCUGGGAUUCCAGCAAUUCAUGGGGGACAGUGAAAUGACAUCUGAUUUAAUUGAUGAAGGAAAAGAACUGAUCAGAAGAGAGAAAAGAAAACGGCAAAGACAGGAAGAAGGUGAAAAUCGAAGAAGGGAAUGGAAAGAGCGAUAUGGAAACAGAGAAGAUUCCACUAGAAGCAGAGCUGUUCACACAGACCAAAAAGAAUCCAGCUUCUCAGAGACCAAUGCAAAUAGAUCACUAUCAAAGUAUACCCGAUCAAAUGGUAGGACUGAGAGAGAUAGAAUAGAACUCCUCCAGGAUGCAGAACCUUUGGAUUUUAAUGCAGAUUCUAUUAACGAUGACCCUCUUGAAUCAGAGUCUGGAAGGUACCAGCCUGGUGGAAGAUACUUGUCAAUGUCUCGAAGCAGAAUAUUUGAUGAUGUCUGAACUCCUAAGGAAAAUUCUGUGGAAAUCUAUUACCUACUCAUUGAUUGGAAAAAUACUGUAUUUGUGAUAUAUCACUGAACUGGAAAAGACCAUUUCCAUUUAAAGAGAGAAUAUGAAGGAACAACUAUAUUUUGGAAGUGCACCUGUAUGAUAAAUCUACGACUUAUGUCAAGAUUAUUAUCUUAUGUUGUAGAUACUGUUAUGCAUCAAUGUGGGCUUUUGUGUCAUGACCAAAAGGAGAAAACUAAUCAAUUAAAUUACUACAGAAUAAACUUGAUAAAUGUACAUAAGGCUCAACUUGAAUUGUAACAUGUAAGUUUUAGGAAGAGGAUUUUUUUGGAAGGAUUUUUUUUUCUAAAUAGAUGUUGUGAGAGCAUCUUAAUGCAGCCAAAGUGCAGUUAUAUCAACACUUUCUAAAAUUUUUCUAUUUGAACUUUAUGUCCAGAAUCUAGUGAAUUAAAUUAAGGCUUUUUUGUUUUUUUUGGCUUCAGCAGCCUUUGAAUCAGAUCCUUUAUAAGCAGAAAAUUUGAAUGUCUGGCUGUUCUUCAUAAAAUGUGCUGGCAUAAAUUUUGGAGCAAUAUGUACCAAUCAUGAAAGGUAAUUUUUAUUUUCCAAUGCUAUAUGCAAAUAAAUGGUUUUCACAUGUGUAAAUAAUUGAAUAUGGAUCUGAGUUUCACUAUCAUAUGAGCGUAAGUGCAAUAGCAAGAAUACAUUAUCCUAGGUAUGAUGCUUGCUUAAGAUUUUUACAGGUAUAAAAGUUGAAAAUCUGAGCACAUUAAUGGUUUUGUAGCUGUAAAAGAAAUGUAAUGUGAAAAUUGAAUUAAAUGCUGAAACUUUACAAUUUGCACAUGUUUCAGGCACGGUUUAAAAUUUUACGAGUAUUUCUUUAGAAGAAGGGAACUAUAUAGCAUGACUAGAUUUGUAAACACUUUUAGUGUCACAACUGCACUGGUUGCAUUACAUAUCUGUUUUUAAGGUGCCUGUAUUUUACAGUAAAUCAUCGCAAAAAGAAUAAAUGCUUAUUCGUUUAAAUGCCAUUCAAAAAUGCCAAUUAUUAGUGACAUAAAAUGUUUUAAAUUAAUUUCAGUGGUGUAGAUAUAUUUUUAAACUGCAAUUAACUGAAUGAAUUUUCAAAUUUAAUCAUAAGGUAAAAGAUGU